CCCCGAACGCAGACCUCGUGGUGAACUAUCUUCAACACGGCCAUAUUGAAAUAUUGAAUGUCUCUGUUACACAAGGGCUCAAGAGUAGCCGUGAAAUUUUCGAAUAAUCCUCGACGAAGAGAGGAUAAGAACCAUUAUGGAAAAUCAAUACAGCAUUACUGUAACAAAUAAGUUUGGAAAUGCUUCUGCCUGGGAUGAAUCCGAGGACCCCCAAUUAUACUUACAAAAGUUGCAAGAAGCUAAAAAAAAAGAUAAGCUUUCGGAGAAGGAAAAUAAGAGUAAGCAGUCCGAUACACAGAAAUCUACUGGUAAUAAGACGCAAAAAAAUCGUGUGAUAAAAGAUGCACAGCAGCAGGUAUCGAAAGUCCAGGAUAUCAAGAAAGAUCAAGGCGAGAAGAAAUUAUCUCAACCAAGGAUAACUGGCGGAGAUCGUAGUGUAAAGUUCUCUGGAGAGUCUAGGGAGGAGCGUAACAACAGACGUAAUCGUGAAGAUGGAGAACGAACAAUCCGUAACCAAGGAGAGAUCAGACGUGGACCCAGUGGGGAAGGUCGUGAAACACGUGAAUUUCGAAAUUCGAACGAAAAUCAACGGGGUGAUUAUAGCGAGCGCAGGGGACGCGGAGGUAUGCGUGGAAUGGGUCGAGGCCGUGGAGGAUCACGUGGAGGUAGAGGUGGUUAUGAUAAUCGUGGAAAACGCGAGUUUGAUCGUCAAUCAGGAUCCGAUAAAACUGGUAUUAAGCCAAUCGAUAAGAAAGAUGGUGCUGGCAGCCAUAACUGGGGGACUCAUAAUGAUGAAAUAGAGGAAAGUUUGAAUCAAGAAAAUCAAGAUUGGACAAAUGAUAAACCUGAAGCAGAAGUUACUCCGGCACCGACUGAAACUAAAGAAGGAGAAACACCAGCGGACGCUUCUACUGAAGAAAAACCACAAGAAGAAGAGUCACGUGAAUUGACUUUGGAUGAAUGGAAACGCCGACAAAAUACAAGGGCAAAGCCUCAAUAUAACUUGCGCAAAGCUGGUGAAGGGGAAGAUUUAUCUCGUUGGAAGAAGAUGUAUGCGCUUGAACGAAAGAAAGAAGGUUCUGACGAAGAAGAAGAAGCAGAAGAGGAAUUCGAUGCAGCUGCAGAAUUUCCUCAACGUGCUGGAAGGCAAAAGCGUGUUUUAGGGAUUGAAAUCCAGUUUAGCGAUUCUCGGCGUGGUUCUGGUGGACGUGGACGAGGAGGACGCGGUGGACGCGGUGAACGCGCCAACGGACGUGGAUUUGGAAAUCGCGGUGCACCUAGAGAUAGCGAUACUCGUGGUUCUGCUUUGCAGACAUCACAAAAUGAACAAAGGUCACCGCGUGGUCGCCAAAAUGCUCCAAAAGUAGACGAUGAAAACGACUUCCCUUCAUUGGGAUAGACAGCUUCGUCUAACGAUUACACAAUAUCCCACCACCACCACCAUCACCAUCAGUACUAUUACAGCCGAUAAAAUUACUAUUAUUACUACGAAUAUUAUUAUCAACCGUCUUGAAUCAGUGACAAUAUUAUUAACGCGUCAUACAGUACACCUUUUGCAGAAUGAGAUACGUAACUUGAAUAAAACUUAGCGCCCAAAAGCGCUGCUUCAUAUUGA